AUGACACCUUUAGGAGGUGGUAUAGGAAUUAUUUUACAAAAUAUAUCUAUGAAUGAAGAAACAAGAAUGACAAUAUUAUUAUUUUUAGAAUGUUUAGCUGGUGGAACAUUUAUUUAUGUUACUUUUAUUGAAAUAAUUUCUAUAGAAAAAGAAAAUGAACAUAAUAAUUUACAUCAAUUAUUAUUUAUUGUUCUUGGAUUUUCAACAAUUACUCUUGCUCAAACUUUUUUUCAUUCUGAUUAA